AUGGAAAGGUUGCACUCCUCCAUGCGUAAAAGGCUCUAUAGUUUGCCACAGCACAUUGGACAAAAAACAUCUAUUAUGGGGGAAGGAGAAGACGCAGACAAGGACACCCGGAGGAAGAGUCUCAGGAUGAAGCCUCUGCUGUCACCGUCGCCGACCUCUGGGGGAAGCUGCAAAGGCAUCGGGGAGACCAAAAGUGGGGAGACUGUGAUUAUGGAGACGGACAUAGGGAGACCGAUGAAGACCAGCUCAAAUGGAGAUUGUCGGAGAUUUCGAGGCAGCCUCUCGUCCAUCACAAGUCGCCAUGUGCACGACUCUGAGUCUGCGGAGGAGAGGCGCCUUAUCACCGAGGGGGAUGUCACCCCGAGCGAGGAGAGCCCCCCCGGAGCCAUCGGUGAUGGGCCGCCGGAUCAAGGCGCGCAAGGGGCCAGCGGUGGCGGUGGUGGUGGUACGCAAAAAGAUCCACCAGAACAGCAGUCAGGGUUUAUAAAGUUGGAUGGCAUUGAUCAAAUUCUGCCGGACGACGAGAGAUUAUUUCAAACUGGGUUCAUGCACAGACAGUUAGGGGCAAUGCUUCAACCAGGGGUCAACAAGUUCUCCCUGAGGAUGUUUGGAAGUGAGAAGGCGGUGGAACGAGAACAAGAGCGGGUUAAAUCCGCCGGAUUUUGGAUAAUUCACCCCUACAGUGAUUUCAGGUUUUACUGGGACUUGACCAUGCUGCUACUGAUGGUGGGCAACCUCAUCAUCAUCCCCGUUGGCAUCACGUUCUUCAAAGAUGAGCACACGCCACCCUGGAUCGUGUUCAACGUGGUUUCCGACACCUUCUUCCUCAUGGACCUGGUCCUCAACUUCCGGACGGGUAUCGUCAAGGAGGACAACACGGAGAUCAUUCUAGAUCCGCAACAGAUCAAGAUCAAGUACUUGCGGAGUUGGUUUGUGGUGGACUUCAUCUCCUCCAUUCCUGUGGACUAUAUCUUCCUCAUCGUGGAGACGCGCAUCGAUUCAGAUUUCUACAAGACGGCUCGCGCCUUGCGGAUUGUCCGUUUCACAAAGAUCCUCAGCUUACUGCGACUCCUGCGCCUGUCCAGACUCAUUCGCUACAUCCACCAAUGGGAGGAGAUCUUCCACAUGACCUAUGACCUCGCCAGCGCCAUGGUGAGGAUUGUCAACCUGAUCGGCAUGAUGCUGCUGCUGUGUCACUGGGACGGCUGCCUGCAGUUCCUGGUGCCCAUGCUGCAGGACUUCCCCGCCGACUGCUGGGUGUCCAAAAAUAAGAUGGUGAAUGACACAUGGGGACAGCAGUACUCCUACGCACUUUUCAAAGCUAUGAGCCACAUGCUGUGUAUUGGGUAUGGUAUGUACCCCCCGGUGGGCAUGACAGACGUGUGGCUGACCAUCCUCAGCAUGAUCGUGGGUGCUACCUGCUACGCCAUGUUUGUGGGACACGCCACCGCGCUCAUCCAAUCCCUAGACUCGUCUCGACGGCAGUACCAGGAGAAGUACAAACAAGUGGAGCAGUACAUGUCCUUCCACAAGCUGCCAGCAGAUAUGAGGCAGAGAAUCCACGACUACUACGAGCACCGGUACCAGGGCAAGAUGUUCGACGAGGAGAGCAUCCUGGGAGAGCUGAACGAGCCGCUCCGAGAGGAAAUCAUCAACUUUAACUGUCGAAAGCUGGUGGCGUCCAUGCCUCUGUUUGCCAACGCCGACCCCAACUUUGUCACCUCCAUGCUCACCAAGCUGAAGUUCGAGGUGUUCCAGCCGGGGGAUUAUAUCAUCAGGGAGGGCACCAUCGGUCGAAAAAUGUACUUCAUACAGCAUGGGGUCGUCAGCGUACUAACCAAAGGCAAUAAAGAGACCAAGCUGUCAGAUGGCUCCUACUUUGGAGAGAUUUGUUUGCUGACGCUGGGCAGAAGGACAGCCAGUGUCCGAGCGGACACCUACUGUCGCCUGUACUCGCUGUCUGUGGACAACUUCAACGAGGUGCUGGAGGAGUAUCCCAUGAUGAGAAGGGCCUUUGAGACUGUUGCCGUGGACAGGCUGGACCGUAUUGGCAAGAAAAACUCUGUCCUGCAGCACAAGGUGCAACACGACCUCAACUCUGGUGAACUCAACUACCAGGAGACUGAGAUCAUCCAGCAGAUAGUGCAGCAUGACAGGGACAUGGCCACCUGUGCCCACCUCUUCCAGAACAUCCCACCGCAGUCUCCUCCUUCACCUACCCCUGUCAUCUGGGCCCCCCUCAUCCAGGCCCCUCUCCAGGCAGCAGCCGCCACCACCUCGGUAGCGAUUGCCCUUACUCACCAUCCCAGCCUCCCACAAACUUUUUUUCGGCCUCCGGUUUCUCUUCUGGGGUCCUUAAAGGAUCCUCCAAGCCGGUUUAAGAAGUUCCCAACUUUUGUCCCUCCAUCCGCAGCACCUGAGUCUGUUGGGGACUCUCCUUGUAGCACACCCUCUAAACGGCACUCUGGGUCGGACAUGCCAUUACUGGCCUCUUUUCGGGCCCUGCACAUGACGUCAGGUAUAGGGGCAACUGGUUCUAGCCAACAGGCCUCAGGUAGUGGAGACCAGCGUGGACCCAUUGUUACUGGCUCUGGGUCCAAUAGAGGAGGGGCCUCUGCCUUCCCAUUUGGACCAAACUUGUCGUCUGGUUCACCUUCAUCUAGUAUGGCCCAGCUACACCCACAACCACAGCAUCAACAGCCGUUUCGCUCUAACACCCCACCACUCUCGAACCUUUUCCGCCAAGGAUCUACAAGUGGAAGCACAGGGUCAGGAAUAAGUGGAGGGGCAGCUGGACCCUGUGCUAGUGCUACAGGGUGGUCUUCUGCUUCUGGGGGAUCAGUAGGAGGGUCUUCUGGGGAAUCACUGGAAGUAGCAACCACUGGAGGAUCCCUGCAAAGGGCUUCUGGGGCAUUCGGAAGGUCUUCUGGAGGAGUGACAAGUAGCCAUAUAGGAGGAAUUUUAAGUGGACCAGGGUUAGGGACAAUAGGACAUAUUGGCCAAACAGCAGGAGGGACAGUUGUGAGCCAUAUAGGAGGGUCUACAUCUUAUCCCAUAGGAGGGACUUCUGUUGGAAUAACAGCUGGACUUCAUGGCUCCUCUCGUUGUCAGAGUCCUAUAUCUACCGGCCAGUCCAGUCCCUUGCCUGGUCAGCUCCUCCAAAGCCAGCCCCCUCCAAAGCCUCCUCAGGUGGCUCCUUUGCAGCAGUUUGCAGGGGGAGGUAGGACUACCCCUGGCUUAAAUCUCUUCCAUUCCCCCCCACAUGGCUCCCCAUCUUCAAGCAAAGGACAAUACAGCCAGCAGCCCACCGAGGGCUCCCCAUCUUCCCUUGGCCAUUUUAGCUUGGCAGGCCUCCAGUCUGGCCUACUUCCACACCAGUUGUCCCUGGAGAGGUCUGCACUUGCCUCCCUUGCCCAGUAUGGUUCAACCAACGCCUCCCCCUGCCUUACCCCUGUGGCGCCUAGCCCUACUAUUCAAAGCCCAGUGGCGGGCAGAACUUUCAACUACAGCGACCCCUCAAGUGCCACAGGAUCCCACAGUUCUCUACUCAUGCCUCAAUCUUCCCUCCCUUCACAGCCUCUAAGCCAGCCUCAUGCAACGGGGAGUGAUUCACCGAUGGGACGUUUUUCCGAGGACCUCAAGCUUUUAUACAGUUCGCACCCAUCUCUGCCCCAGGAAGUGGCCCAGGAAGUGGCCCAUGCCCUAGGCAACGUUACUCCUCCCUCUUCUGUUGAGCUUGGAUAUUACCCCUCACCCUUUUCCUCACCAACUCUUGUGCCCAAACCCCGUAGCUCAGUGCCAGGGCGCAUGACUCCUCCAAUCCAGAUGUCUCCGGGGCACCCUCACCAGACUCUCUCCUCUGGGGCCUCCCCGGCCUUGCCUCUACGGAGGGCCUCUGCUGCCUACUCAUCAGAUCUAGAACCUCAGACUGUCCGCUCUAAACUCCCGUCCAAUUUGUGAGGCUUGAUCACACCCUCCUGUGCUCCUCCAAACUGAAACGCACACAAACUAUCUCCAUGUGUGGCAUUUUUUUUCUUUCGGUCUUCAAGACUUCACUGUGUUCCAUCCAUUUUAUUUUACCAAGAUGUUAACAAAUUACUGUGAUUUAAAAGACAUUUUACCGGGUAACUGGGAGCUAUAGAAUACUCUAUAUUUAUUUUAUGCUUUGUCCUAUUUUGUAUUCAUACAUACUGUAUAUAGAUAGAGAUAUAUUUAAAUGAUAAGUUAUUCAAGGGACUAGGAGGGUGUGAAAAAAGAUCUCAAUUUAAAGGAAAGUAAUUUUGUUUAUUUAUAUAACUAUGCCAAAUUCAUCUGGUGAUGUUUAGGGAGACAAUUCAAUGGACUGAACAAUAAUACUCUGUUUUUUCUGCAGGAACCUAUGCACUAAUACCUGCAUGUAUAAAUGCUUUUUGCGUGUUUCAAAAAAAAGAUCAACAUUUUUAGCGACAUGCUUCGAGACUCUUGUACCAUCUCAUACAGGAUCACAUAUUGUUGAUCCUUAAAUGUAUCUAUUAGAUUGUACCUAUUUAUCCUCUGUAUAAACUUUUCAAAACAUAACGAGGGAUGAAAAAGAGAUUUUUAGAAAACCCCAAAAUACUUCUUCCUGUUGGCCCGUCAAUCCUUGUUUUAUACCAUUUUAUCGUAAUAACAGUAGUUUUUUUAAGCUUGGGGAGAGGGGUUCAACAAGCUACCCUCUAUCUAAAUAUUAAGAACAGUAUGUGAGCGACUGUCCUUCUGCAGAGUCCUAGACCAUGUCCUAAGAAGCUCACGUUGUCUUCCAAGAUCAUGCCGCUAAUGUGUGGAAAGCAAGAUGUUUUCUUCCCAACUGUGUGUAACUAUUACCGUGAGUGUUUGUGAGAGUGAGUGAGGGAAACUCAUACUCAAUACUUUUACCUAAACUGAGCAAAAGGAUGUUGGCUUUUUCCACACAAAAACUAUGACUUCCAUUACCAACGCUUGUGCGUUGCAUUUUGUAGCAUUAAAAAACAGCCAUUAUAUAACACCCCCUAAAACUAGACUUUGCAGGUCAGUCAAUACCCAAGCUGAAAGAUCUGAAAAGGCAAAAAUGCAUCUUCAUUUGAAUUUGUGCGUUACUUCUCCUACUGUAGCUGCUAUGUGAUCAACAUAAACAUGUUUCCUCAUUGAAGGCCAGGGCUGAGUUUGAGAUGUUGAAUGUACACUGGCUAUC